GAAUUUGACUUUUACUGUCUGAAACAUCCAACGAAAAAUUCAGUUUUAUUGAAACACAUCUUUAACAAUUCUCAACAUUAUUCCUGCAUAACCUGCGAAGGAGACUUGAACCCAAUAUUGAUUUAUCCCUGUGAAAAAAGUCAUGUGAUGUGCCUCGACUGUUUCAAAAUUUAUUGCGAACAGUAUUUGCUUGAGAGGAAAUUCCGUUUGACGGACCUUUGUUACUCAAUAAGAUGUCCGGAUCACUGCGAACAAUCCUUCAUCCAGGAAGCUCACCAUUUUCGCAUUCUUGGAGACAUCAAGUAUGAAGAGUACCAGAAUCAGGCAACCAGGGCUUAUCUUCAAAAUACUUAUUCUGUCUACUGCCCAAACCCUCAUUGCAAAGAGUGCUUUGAGGCCGAUCUGAACGUCACUGAUAUUACCUGUUUAAGCUGCAAACACAAGUUCUGCCGUCAGUGUUCCCAUGAGUCACAUGAUGGACCAUGUGGCCGAGAAGCAGUUGAAGGAAGCGACCUGUAUCCUGAUAACCAAUUGGCACAACAGUCAGCCAUGUUGAUUCAUAAAAUCUCCAAGAAGUGUCCAAAAUGUGAAAUCAAUGUUGAGAAAAGUGGUGGUUGUAACCAUAUGAUUUGUAAAUGUGAAGCAGAAUGGUGCUGGGUCUGUGGAAAAACAUGGUCAACUGAGUGCUUGGGAGAACAUUGGUUUGACUAAAUAUCUUCGGAAUCGAUCCUCUUCUCUUGCCAUUUUAUUGAUUUUAUAGAUCAGAAUCAAUGAUACCAAUUUACUCCCAAAAAACCAUUCCAGAAUUUUAAUGAAGACACUUCACAGAGUAUAAUUACGCUCUGAUUCUAGCGAAACGGUUGAGAAGCAAAUAUAAUAAAGAAAUCUAAAGACAGAGUACCAGGGGAGUACCAUCUGGUACUCUGUCUUGAUUCUUUCUUAUAUGUUAUCUCCCUCUCUCUCUCCUUCUCUCUUGCUCACUCUCUCUGCAUCUAAUGUAAAUAUAAAAUAAACUUGUAUUCUUUUUUUUUAAUUAAUUCUUUGAUUAAAGAUAAUUUUUUUUUGUUAUUGAUCUUCUCUUUGAAGUGUUUAUGUAUUUACAUUCACACCAACGACAAGGCAUAACUGGCUGGUUAAGAAAUUUUCUUUGCACCUAUGUGGUUCUGAGUUCAAGCCCACACCAAGUCACCCUGUGCAUGUGCCUUCUACUAUAGUACUAGGGGCCAACUCAUUCCUUGUCAGUGGAUUUCUUAGACAGAAACUGAAAGGUACCCAAGAUAAGAAGGGAGAUUU